UUUUUACUGAGAGGAAAAGUUUCAGCGUCUCUUCCCAACUUUCUACAUUUUUCAUUAGCUUUUUUUUCAACUUUUCUUGCGUCCAGCUAUUGCAAAGGUGAGAGCUUUUUCUCUCCUUGGCUCUCUCUAGAUUUACCACUAAAGCAUAUACUGAUUGAGCCGCUAAUUACUUCUUGCCAAGCGUUUCCUCAUAAGUAAAUCUCUGCUUUUAUGUGAAAUAAUUCUGCUUGCUCUCAUCAUUUGCUCAUAAUUCACACAGAGCUGUGUUUAAUCAUUAUUCUCCGGGUUUAUUCUUCGCCCAAAGCUGUUCAGAGAGAUAAUGUAAAUAUAGGUACCCGUUUCGUUAGUUGGGAAGAGUUGAUUGAGAAAGAAGUGAUUUUUUUGGAUCAAUGCGUGGAAAGAGAUCUGCUAUGGUCUUCUUGAUUUCCAAGAUCUUCUUGGCUUAUCUCUUGAUUUUGGCUGCUCAAAUUUCUGAUGCGGCUAGCCCAGGAGAUGUUGCUGCGAUAAAUGCUUUGUAUACUGCUUUGGGGUCGCCUCCUCUUCCUGGCUGGGGUGUUGAUGGAGACCCGUGUGAUGGAAAAUGGCAAGGUGUUGUAUGCGAGGACUCAAAUAUAGUGUCAAUCACGAUCAAUGGUGCUAAUUUGGGAGGUGAGCUGGGGGAUAACUUAGAAGGAUUUUCUUCUAUCAAAACAAUAGAUCUGAGCAACAAUCUCAUUGGAGGCUCAAUUCCAUCCAAUCUACCGGUUACCUUGCAGACCCUUUUUCUUUCAGCUAACCAGCUUACUGGAAGUAUUCCCGAUUCUUUGUCUUCCCUGAGUCAAUUAUCAGCUAUGUCUCUGAACGAAAACCAUUUGAGUGGAGAGAUUCCCGAUUCAUUUCAAGGACUUACAGCUUUGGUCAAUUUAGAUUUAUCUAAUAACAAUUUAAGUGGGCGAUUGCCACCAUCAGUGGGAAAUUUGUCUGCAUUGAUAACUCUUCAUUUGCAGACCAAUCAACUUUCUGGAACCCUUGAUGUUUUGCAAAAUCUUCCCCUCAGAGAUUUAAAUAUCGAAAAUAACCUGUUUUCUGGACCAAUACCACAGCAACUCCUGACUAUUCCUGAUUUCAAAAAAGAUGGAAACCCUUUCAACAGUAGUAGUGCACCACAACUUCCACCAACAUCCUCCACGACACCCACAUCCUCCACGACACCCCCUCCAGCACCGCCAUUCUUUGUUGGGGGUCCCACUUCUACACAGUCACCACCGAAGUCUGACAGGAGACCUGCAAAGCAGGCUGAUGGGCCAUCAGCAACUGGGCAAUCAAAUUCUACCACGAGCAAAAAGUCAUCAACGAAAAGGGUAGUUGGGAUAUCAAUUGCAGCAGUAUUGUCGUUUGUAAUAUUGGUAUUAGCAAUCCUUCUUUGUUUACCCAAGUGCCUUAGUAAAAGACAAGAGACUCAUAGGAUUCCCAAGAGGCAUGAAAUAGCUCCAUAUGUGGGGGCAAGAGAGAACCCCGUUAAUAAUGGCUCAUUGCCUCAACCUGGCUCUGAUAUAGAGAAAGCUCCUCCAGUAGUAGGGCCAAAGGAGGAGCAACGUACAAGAUGGCCUGUAUCCACUCCAAAACCACACGAUGAACAGGCAGCAGCUACAGAAAACAUGAGUGCUAUACCAAAGAUGGACAACCGUGAGAUUAACCUGAGCAGAUUUGAUAUUGAUUUUAUGGCACCACCACCACCGCCACCGCCACCUCCACCACCACCAGCUUCUCCUCCUCCUCCUCCUCCUCCACCACCACCACCACCACCAGAGGAGAGGGUUAUUGUCCAGCCAAUCCCACAUGCUGAAGAAAAUGUAAUGAAGCGUUCAACCAGGCCACUGCCACCAACUUCUGUGAAAUCAUACACAGUAGCAUCUCUUCAGCAAUAUACCAAUAGUUUUUCUCAAGAUAAUCUUAUUGGAACUGGAAGUCUAGGAAAUGUGUAUAGGGCAGAGCUCCCUAAUGGCAAGUUUCUUGCUGUCAAGAAACUGGACAAAAAAUUCUCCAGUCAACAGGAGUACGAGUUUCUUGAACUGGUAAACAGCAUUGAUAGGAUACGUCAUGCUAAUGUAGUUGAGCUCAUGGGAUACUGUGCGGAGCAUGGUCAAAGGCUCCUGGUUUAUGAAUACUGCAGUAACGGGUCAUUGCAUGAUGCAUUGCACUCUGAUGACGAAUUCAAGAAAGACCUUUCAUGGAAUAUCCGCAUCAGGAUGGCUCUGGGAGCUGCAAGAGCAUUGGAGUAUCUGCACGAGGUUUGUGAGCCACCGAUUGUACACAGAUACUUGAAGUCAGCAAAUGUUCUCCUUGAUGAUGAGCUUGCUGUACAUGUGUCUGAUUGUGGUUUGGCUCCAUUGAUAUCAACAGGGGCUGCUAGUCAGUUGUCAGGACAACUUCUUGCAACCUAUGGUUAUGGUGCCCCAGAAUCUGAGUCGGGAAUUUAUACCAUAAACAGUGACGUUUACAGUUUUGGGGUGGUGAUGUUGGAACUCUUAACGGGCAGGAUGUCAUAUGACAGUAAUCGGAGUCGUGGUGAGCAAUCCUUGGUUAGAUGGGCCAUACCUCAGCUCCACGAUAUUGAAGCCUUGACAAAGAUGGUUGACCCUUGUCUUAAUGGAAAAUACCCGAUAAAAUCAUUAUCACACUUCGCUGACAUAAUUUCCCGAUGUGUUCAGCCUGAGCCAGAGUUCAGGCCACCAAUGUCGGAAGUUGUGCAGGACAUCAUACAAAUGAUAAGGAGGGAAACUUCCAAUAGAUCCGAGGAUGAGUGACUGGAAAGCGGAGGCAAUGAACAAUCAAGAAUCGGAUUUUGAACUUCUUGGGAAGUCAUCUAGAGUGUAACCAACCGAAAAGGCGCAAACCAGCAUUGCUAGCUUUACCAUCCUAUAAACAAGGUUGUGGUCUUAAACCCUGCUAACACAAGAUAUAUGUCUUGUACGAUCCGAGGGAAUGAUCUGAUGAUAACAACCCCAUCCAUGCAAAAAGCGCCUUUCGUUGUUUUGUUACGCCUAUUCAUGUUGUCAUUUUUGCUUUUUUGUUCUUCUGCAUUUGAAAAAUGUAUCAUUCUAGUAUUCAUUUAGGCGACAUGUUGGCCUUGAUGCAUAAGCUCCCUAACCCAAUUGUUUAACAACCGCCAUUUUCUAUUUUAUUAUUAUUAUUAUUUAUUAGUGAAAUUUUUUCAAGUUCU